CGUCUUCAGGAACUUCAGCAAUCGCUCGAUGCGGCUCAAUCGAAACUAGCCGCACUGGAAAAGCAGAAAUCACGGCUGGCCGUCGACACGGAGGAGGCGCACGCCGAGGCGGAACGUCACCAGACGCAAAUCACGCAAAUGGAGAAACGACAGAAGCAAUUCGAUCGCAUCAUCGACGAGUGGAAGCAUAAACUCGACGACGUGAAUCAGGAGCUGGACGCAGUGCAACGGGACGGCCGAAACUCGUCCACCGAGCUCUUCAAGGUGCGCUCGUCGAAUGAGCAGUUGGGCGAGCAAGUGGACGCGAUGCGACGUGACAACAAAACACUCGCCCAAGAGAUCAAAGAGCUGCAAGAGCAGUUGACAGACGGCGGCAGAUCAGUGCAUGAGCUGCAGAAGGUGGUGAGACGUCUGGACAUCGAGAAGGACGAACUGCAGCGAGCGUUGGAUGAAGCCGAAGCGGCGCUCGAGGCCGAAGAGAGUAAGGUGGCCAGAUCACAGGCGGAGGUCACGCAGAUCCGUUCCGAGAUCGAGAAACGCAUCCAGGAGAAGGACGAGGAGUUCGAGAACACCCGUAAGAAUCAUCAGCGCGCGUUGGACUCAAUGCAAGCAACCCUCGAGAGUGAAAUGAAAGGAAAAGCCGAGCUGCUACGUGCCAAGAAGAAUCUCGAAUCGGAGAUCAACGAUUUGGAAAUAGCGUUGGAUCACGCCAAUAAGGCGAACGUGGACGCUCAGAAGAGCAUUAAGAGGCACAUGGAGCAGAUCAAAGACCUGCAGAUGCAGAUCGACGAAGAGCAACGCAAUCGCGAGGAAUUCCGUGAGAACUACCUAUCGGCCGAGAAACGUCUGGCGUUGGCACAAUCCGAAAAAGAGGACAUUCAGGCGAAUAUCAUGCAGACGGAAAGACUGAAAAAGCAACAAGAAGCUGAGCUGGCCGAAUGUAAACAACAGAGCAGUGAGUUGACGACGAGGAAUGCGAACUUGAAAGCGGCCAAAAAGAAGCUCGAAGCCGAGAUGCAGUUGAUCAGAGGUGAACUGGAUGAGACUCUAAACGAGCUGAAGGCAUCUGAGGAACGUUCGAAGAAGGCGAAUGCGGAUGCAGCACGUCUUGGUGAGGAGUUGAGACAGGAGCAGGAGCAUGGCACGCAUCUGGAGCGUGUUAGAAAAGGUUUGGAGCUGCAAGUGAAAGAAAUGCAAGCGAAGCUGCAAGACGCCGAGAUGGCCGUGCAGAAGUCGGGUCAGAAGGCCGUGGCGCAGAUGGAGGAGCGUGUGCGUAAGGCAGAAACCGAGCUGGAUGCGGAGACUCGACGCUAUCAGGACGCAAUGAAGACACUCUCGAAGCAGGAGCGUCGUGUCCGCGAGCUGCAGUUCCAGGUGGACGAAGACCGCAAGGCUUUCGAGCGCAUGAACGACCUCAUCGAUAAGCUACAGGGCAAGAUUAAACUGCAGAAGAAACAAGUGGAUGAAGCGGUUGGUUUUUGUUUCUUCUUUGAUGUCUGUGAUAUUUCGUCGAAUCGUCGUCGAAAGUUGUCGAAUCGUUGA